GUCGAUCGCGUCUUGGGGCCUAUAAGAUUUUCCCCGCCGCCCCCACAGAAAGCUGUGUCCCUUUCCACUCUUCUACGAUCUCAAAGAAAAAUCACAACCACCGACUCAAUCUCAAAGGUAGAGCCCACAGAAUUUGUGAAUAGAUCACAGCCGUCCAUUAGGUAAGCUGUCAUAUUUUCCCAACCCGUCAAAAAAGCAAAUAUUUUAAGAAACAGCCGAAGAAGCUCGCAUGAAGUGUCGUGGAAAGUGCGAACGCACACCUCCAUACUUAAUACAGCUCUAUAUAAACCCUCCGACACGCCCACGGAGUGAUCGAGAAAAUGCUCAAAUGGCGAGCCUGAGGAGACUGAAUAAGCUGGACCCCAUGGGCAAGUCCUCCAAAUCUGUUGUUAAGUGCAAGAAGCACCCAAAACACCGGCAGUCGCCGGGCGUUUGCUCACGUUGUCUGAACGAAAAACUAUCUCAGCUCUCAUCCAGUUCUGGUUCACGAAGAACCUCUUCCCCUUCUGGUUCCGGAUCCUGUUCUUCUUCUCCUUCUUCGUUAUCAUCUUAUUAUUCUUCUUCUUCGGCUUCUUCUUGUUCUUCUCCUGUGCAUUUGACCAACAUGGAGGGAAAGAUCAUCAGUUCAUUAUCGUUUCUGUUGAAUAGCAAGAAUGGGCUCACUAAGAGCAGAUCCUUGGUUUUCUUUCCAAGAGUGAACAGGCCGCGUGGGGAUGAUGACGAUGAUAUGAGGAACUAUAAGAAGAAAGGUGGGUUUUGGUCGAAGAUUCUUCGUGCAACAAGUAAGAGGCAGACGGAGGAAACUUUGAUGCACUCUAGGACCAUGAGAGAGAUCGUCAUGACUACUGAUGAAUGAUAGGAUAUUCUUCGAAUACAUCCAUGGAGACCAGCUUCUUGCUUUGUUUGUCAUAUGCAUUGCUUAAUUUUUCUCUCUUCUUAAAUGAGAACUGUAUCUAUUAGGUUUUACAGAAACAGAGAAGAAAAAGAGAGAGAGAGAGAGAUCAAUGAAAUGAAGAGAUAUACGUACAAUAAUGCAGUAAGACAAGAAAUAUAUUCAAUUUUUUUAUGUAUACGAUUAUAUUUGUGCAGUUCUAUAUAUUGAUUUUCAGGUU